AUGAGCAGAGUGCCUUCUUGGGAUUUGCUUGAGAUCUUAGACUAUUUUGAUAUAACACUACCUAAUCAGUAUAGUUUUCUUGGAUAUUAUCAAUAUCGUAUUAAACAAAUUGACUUUACGUUUUCAUUUCAAAAGGAAGCAAAGGCAGUAUAG